AUUAUUCUGAAUUCUAUGUGAGAGAGCAUUUGUAUUUAUUUGUUUUCAAAAAUAUUUAUUAUUUUUUUCUGUGAAAAUAACAAAUAGUAACGGAUCGUAGAAAUGUUCAAACAAAUUUGCUUCGGUAUGCGACGAAGCAUCAUCUCAAAUACCAUGAGGUCUCCCAAUUACCCGAUUGUUGCCAAUAGAAAACGGAAUUUCAGUGAUGAUAUUGAUCUACCAAUCGGCGGUGGUUUGGAAAAAUUACAGGGUAGCUUUAAGGAGGAGUCCUAUUUUCAAUCGCGCAACUAUAAUCUGCUGAAAAACAUACGUGAUCAUGGAGCUGAAUUGAGCUGUGAUAGUUCGUUGGGAGAUUGGCGGGAAUUUGAAAAGGCUUCGUCGAAAACUAGUUUGAGUGGCACUAGUUCGUUGAAUAGGCACAAAAAUUGCCUGGAGGAGGCAUUUUUUGUGAAUGAGCAAACAGAAUGUUCUCAAUUGAUCAAAGAGAAAAUUUGCAGAGAUUCCAAGGAGACUGAAGAGAUUGAAAGUCAAGGCAGAAAUUAGGGUUACAAUAACAUCGCGUCAUAUUCUCUUCCAUAUUUGUAUAUUUUGUAUAAUUUUAUGUUAUUUUCGGAACAUUUUUUAAAAUUUGUGGAGGUAUUUUGUAUUCUGAAAUUGUUUACUUUGUCGUACUUAUGAAGGAAAAAAAAUGGGCUUGCCCCAUGCUUUGUCCUGAAAACUGCAACACUGUAAACCAUUUCCCAACAUUAAAUACUCUUCAAUAUAUUUCGAAUUCUUAAAUAGGAGAAUGAUAUUGCAAAUAAAUAUUCCAUUUUAAAAUA